AUGGAAGCGACCAAUUGGGAUCAGAUGGUUGUGGUGCCGCUACCGUACGUUGAUUUCCAGCGGACCUACGGAUCCAUUAAAGUAACGAAAAGAGAACAGAUGGCGCGAGACGAGGGAAAAGAACGAAGAGCAUGGCUGGCCACGCCGCAUAUUAUCCACGAUGCAGAAGUCCGAGAGCUGGAUGAACUAAAAGAAGUUUUCUCUUGUUAUGGCUUCUGCGCCAAACCUUUCUUCAGAUUCCCUCAAGACAAGCUGGCUAGUCAGAAAAAGGUCAUCGAACACACGUUCUUCGCUAGUCCGGUCCCAAAAGACGAGAAUAGCUUGUGGUACUCUCUUGCAAUUCUCGUCGAGAACGAUCCUACGGAUGCGAAAUGGAUCAAGGGCCAAGUAGCAGAGUGGUUUUACAAGAAUCUAAGAGACACAGCGUCAGACCGAUUUCGAAUGUAUCAUCAUUUACUCGCAGAGUCUGGCGACUGUGUGGACCCGGACCACGUACAAGACUGGGGCGCGCUGGAUCUCCUCCGGUGUUUGAGCAGGAACGACGUGAUGGCAGGGAUGCCAAGGGAAGCCGGGUUUCACGAGAUGCUCCAUCUCGUGGCGGACUUUUUUGAUACAGAAGUCAUCACAUUCACCCGCCCCCGAUAUCCAGGUGCAUACAAUGCUAACAACCAGGAUAUGAAACAAUGGCUGCAAACGAACCCGUACGACAUGAGGGUGUACGGAAAACAAUCGUCUCAGAAGAACUACCGGUUGUGGAGAUUCCAGGACCGAAAACAAAUACUUCUCGUGACAGCCCCUGAGCUACGGUACUUCCAGCCCGUCGCUCGCGUGAAUCCCGAGCUGCCCCGUUAUGAAGCUGGCGACAGGUCGACCCAUGGGCAUUACAUCAGUACCGUGACCUUCGAGGUGUGGGACCGCCAUACGCCGAUGCCGUGGUGGCCCGGGUUCCGUUGGGACGCACCGAACAGCCAGUGGAUGGGAGACUGGGAGGACGACAACCUGCGCAGUGCCAUUUCUGUGCAUCAGAAGCUGGGAAUGAAGCCGAACGACGUUACGACUGGUCUGAUCAUGCACUCAGUGAACAACAGCCAACUGAUGGGGCCUUGUUUCAAGGAUGAGACGAGCCAAGUGACUCCCGCCCUCAAAGCAGUGUACGAUCUGAGGGCAUCGUACGUCGGCGACGCAGACUCGGACAGGAAGGCGCUGCUGAGGUGGAGUAGACAAUCUCGGCUCACGUGUACUGCUUCGAAGCCCGGAGUUGGCCAGCCGCUGGAUCCUCCGCCGGUCGUCUGGGACUUCGAUGCUCGAAUAGGAUCUGCCCGGCUUUCUCCCCGCUUCUCGUCAAAAAGACAGUGGAGUGCAAUGACGAGCGGAGUUCAGAACUACCUGCACCAGGACUGUAUCGGACGCCGGGAGAGCUGCGGAUGGUUAAGGUUAGAGGCAACGGAGGUGGAGAACAAACGUCCAGAUUGGCAUGAAAACAAGAAGAGGAGGAGGGUGGCGGGUGCCACAUAG